AUGGAAGGUUGUUUUUUCCCAAAGGCUGGCGACCAGGGGAGGGGAAUUUCCCGAAAAGUUCGAAAAAUUUCAAAAAAGUCGUGGAGAUAUUUUUUCGAAAAGUUGACAAACGGAGGGGGUAAUUCCAUAAAAAAUUAUGUCGACGACUGGAGGGAAGGUUUUUCCCCACAGGCAUUAAGUUGUUAUUUGUCUGAAAAUCCUGCUAUUUGUCAGAGGAAAAAAAUUUUGGAGCUUGGAUCAGGAACUGGUUUAACAGGACUGUUGGCAGCGAAACUUUCUGAUGAUCCGUCCAAAGUUUUCUUGACUGAUAAUAAUGAUCACGUUCUUGAAUUACUGCAAAAAAAUAUUGAGAGCAACUUUGAAAAUUCCUGCUACAAACCUGUUUGUUCUAACUUGAGUUGGGGAAAAGAUCAUUUGAAAACUUUCACCGACAAACAUGGGUCAGAUUUUAAUAUGCUCCUUGGAGCUGAUGUCGUCUACUGGCCUGCCUCUGUAUCUCUUUUUAUAGAGACUGUGCAACACUUUCUUAAAAAUUUGAAAUUAGAACUUCUUCUUGUUGGGUCUUCGACUUGGGAUGUGUUUCUUGCCGUUUAA